AUGUUUGUGUGACAUUAUUUCAGGGCAUCAGAGUUGGCAUUUGCCCUGGACCCCCUUCCCAAGAAUGGCCUACCCCCACUGGCAUUUCUUACUGAGGUUUGUGUCCGGUAAUAGAUAGUUCACAAUAAUAUUGUCCAUACAAAUGCAUGAACAAGCUGCUGAUCUUUUUGAAUUGAUCACCGUUGAAUUGGAGGCCAUUUGAAUGUUUGUUUUGCUUUACUCUGUCUGACCUCCUGGUUGUAGGAGGAUGCUCAGGACCUGGAUGCUCUUGGCCUGGCCAAGUCCUACUUUGACCUGAAAGAGUAUGACCGCGCUGCCUACUUCCUUCGGGGCUGCCGCAGCCAGAAAGCAUACUUCCUGUACAUGUACUCCCGCUAUCUGGUGAGAUGGGGUUUCAACAUUCACAGUAACAUCGCCUUUUUAAAAUGAGAAUAGAGAAUUUUGCCUGAAUCCUUGUAACUCCUCCAUGAUGGCCAUCCAAUUCUGACAAGCUCUCUUAUUUUCCUUUGUUUCCAGUCUGGGGAAAAGAAAAAAGAUGAUGAGACAGUGGACAGCCUGGGUGAGGAGCUAAGCUUUCUAUGCCACCUCAGUCAAAACUUUUGUCUCUAGACAGAGUUCAAUGUCUUGAUUGGUUAUAUUUGUUUUGGUCUGUGAUUGACUGCAGGGCCUCUGGAGAAAGGUCAGGUACGGAACGAGGCUCUGCGGGAGCUGAGGGUGGAGCUGAGUAAGAAGCACAGUGCUGGAGAGUUAGACGGAUUCGCUCUGUACCUGUAAGCCCCUCCCACAGUAUCACACACACCCACCCAGUGGACUUGGACAUGCCUCACAUACAUGUCUAGUGAGUCUUUAACCUCUUAAACCUGUAAUAUGAGUGUGUGUGUGUGUGUGUGUGUGUGUGUGUGUGUGUGUGUGUGUUUACAGGUAUGGGGUGGUGCUGCGGAAGCUGGAUCUGCUGAAGGAGGCAGUGGAUGUGUUUGUGGAGGCGACCCAUGCCUUACCUCUACACUGGGGAGCAUGGUUGGAGCUCUGUAAUCUCAUCACUAACAUUGAAAUGGUACUACACACGUACUCAACUUAAGCAGAUGAAUGAUCUUUUGAACCCACUACAGUAGUUCCCAGAUCUACUGGACUACAUAACAUGGAAUAUUCCACUGAUACUUGCGCCUCCUCUUCAUUUCGUCAGCUGAAGUCCCUGUCUCUGCCAGACUGCUGGAUCAGAGACUUCUUCAUGGCCCACAUGUACACAGAGCUGCAGAUGAUCAAAGAGGCCCUGCAGAAAUACCAGAGCUUGAUAGAGGCAGGCUUCUCCAAGAGCACUUAUAUCAUGUCACAGAUUGCUGUGGCCUACCACAACAUCAGAGGUGGGUUCAUACUUUGCUUUGUCAAUUAAAUGAGCAAUAUGAAGAAACACCUAUUAUUAACCUUCUCAAGCAGUUCGCACGUAUUCUAUUCAUUUUCAGGUCUGUGCUUCUCUUUGUCAUAGAUAUUGACCAGGCUCUGGCUCUGUUCAAUGAGUUACGGGAGCAGGAUCCCUUUCGCAUUGAGAACAUGGACACAUUCUCCAACCUGCUCUAUGUUAGGGUGAGACCCCACUGCUGCACCACAGUAAUGACUGUCUCCAUCUGGAGGUCUCUCUGUCUUUAUGAACCUGUGUCUGUUGUUUCCACAGAGCAUGAAGCCAGAGCUCAGCUACCUGGCCCACAACCUGGUGGAGAUAGACAAGUACAGGGUAGAGACCUGCUGUGUCAUCGGUAAGGGUCCCGCCACCACACAGAGGACUGAAAGCCACACCUCUCGCAAGUCAACUCCAGACAUAAACCCAUAUCAAAACUCUUACUACGUUCAGUGCAAGACCCAGACCAAACAAUGAGACUGAAACCAGACCUUCUAAGAGUCUCUAACCAGCUCUCUAGCAAGUGCUGUGUCUAUCCUGUGUGUAGGUAACUACUACAGUUUGCGGUCGCAGCAUGAAAAGGCAGCGCUGUACUUCCAGAGAGCUCUGAAGCUGAACCCUCGCUGCCUGGGGGCCUGGACUCUGAUGGGCCACGAGUACAUGGAGAUGAAGAACACCUCCGCUGCCAUCCAGGCCUACAGGUCAGACUGGCACUCCACUAUGGCAUGGCUCAUCCUAUGGGUAUCGGGGGGGUUCAGCCCCAUGUUUUUAUAGUUCUGUGUUUAUUUCAUUUGUUCAGGCACGCUAUAGAAGUGAACAAGCGAGACUACCGUGCCUGGUAUGGCCUGGGUCAGACUUAUGAGAUCCUCAAGAUGCCCUUCUACUGCCUGUACUACUAUCGAAAGGCCCACCAGCUCAGGUGUGUGUUUGAGUAAAAACCAAGGGAGAGGGUUCUCAUGUGGGUGCUUCUUAUCGUGUAGUUAAGUGUAUUACCAAAUUGUCACACACUGUAUUGUGAAUGAUGCGUCACUGUGACUCCUCAGGCCCAAUGACUCUCGUAUGCUGGUUGCUCUGGGAGAGAGCUACGAGAAACUCUCACAGCAAGUAGAGGCCAAGAAGGUUAGCAAGAGCACCAUUGUAUCUCUGUCACUAGUUUUCCUUUUUCCUGUAUAUUUCAAUAUAAUAUUUUGUCACUCCCUGUAAAUUGUCAAUAACUUCUAUUCUUCCUUUUUGGCCAGUGUUACUGGAGGGCUUACUCUGUGGGGGACGUGGAGAGGAUGGCCCUACUGAAACUGGCAAAGUAA